AACAAAUUAGGCUCAUCUUUGUUCCAUGAUUUAGACUUUAUCAAAAACCAUCACAAAAGAUGCAAAGAGGUUAAGCCUUUCUUAAAAAAAAAAAAAAAAAAAAAAUGCAAAGAGGUAGCAACUCUUGAGUUUGAGUUUGAGAUACUACAGUACAGAAUACAUUCGUCUUGGCUAAAUACGGAAAAGACCUUUUUGUCGUCUAUGCGAACACUGAACGCCCCCAAUAAAAAAGUGGGUAUUUCUGUCGAACAGUUGGUGUGCAUAAUAUAACCCCACUAAAACUCUCGAUGAGAAGCAUCAUACCCAUAAACCCUGCGAAAAAGAUAGAAGCUGAUUCGAAUCCCGUCAAAGAAUCAGAUUACUAUGAAGGCGAACGUCUUACGCAUCUGCUCGGCUUGAUUCAGAGAGGAAUUGAGACUUCGAAGCUUUCGAAUGUGAACUCAUUGCCUGAGAAGAUAUGGCUCAAGAAACAAAUCGCCAUUGGGAUCAACGAAGUCACUCGUGUUCUCGAGAGGAUGAAAUCCAACAACACUAGUGACCAACAACAAAACCCUAAACAACCUCCUGUUCAACUUCAGGUAGUGAUUGUAGUAGCAGACUGUAAACCGAGGAUGCUAACGAAGCAUAUACCCAACUUAGCUGCUUCGAGGGGUGUUCCUGUUCUCUAUAUUAGAGACAACAAACGAGCCUCUCUCAGAUUAGGUGAGUUGGUUAAACUCAAGACUGCUCUAGCCAUUGGUGUUAAGGCCAGAGGAAACGAACUCAACCUAAUACUCCAACAGAUUCUCCCCAGUGAUUUUUUGAUCCUGUAAGAGCAAAGAGUUUCUUUUGAUCUUGUUUUGUUGUGAUCCUUUCUCAUUGUAGUACUAGUAUAUACAGAUAAA